AUGCCAGAGAAACCACAAAUACGCACAAUAAGACUAUUCAAUAUUGAUGGACAUGAUGAUUAUUUCUUACCCAUUGAAUUAAUGAGUGGGUCAAUCUUGGUUGAUAGAUCAAAUGUACCAACUUAUGUUGAAGAUAUAUUUGAAAAAACCUCUGAUAUGGAUUCUCAGUUACUAAGGUUGUUGAAAGUUGAGAUCUUGGAUCUUGGUUACAUGAAGAAUUUAAUGAGAAAAGCCACCACUUGAUGUGUGAAAUCUCAAACACUUCCUAAUUCUCAAAUUUCCUUAUAAUUCCAAACUCCUUCUAAUUGAUAUGUGACAUGAGAAGGUCUCCAUCAUACGAUAGACCGAUCUUAAACGAGCUAUUUUGACGCAACUUGAAAACGGGGAGAUUGUGAGAACGGAGAAGAAACAAAACAAUGCUACUAGUCUUCAUAAACCAUCUUUAAC